CUUCUACCGCCUCAGCGCCCGCCUCGACGAGCGCAGCUACGCCGCCUGCGCCGGGCACCUGCAGGACCUGCUGUGCCAGGAAUGCUCUCCAUAUGCAGCUCACUUGUAUGACGCUGAAGAUCCCUCCACCCCCGUGCGGACGAUACCAGGACUAUGCCAAGACUAUUGCAUGCAGCUGUGGCAAAACUGCCGCUCCAUUUUUCGCUCUCUCUCUGCAGACCCAGAGUUAAUUGCACUGGAAAACAACAUGGCAAAGUUCUGCCGCUACCUGUCCCUGGAGGACACUGACUACUGCUUCCCACACCUGCUGGCUAACCAGAACCUUAACCAGAACCUGGGGCUGGUCACCGCUGAUGCAGAGGGCUGUCUCCAGCUCUGCCUCGUGGAGGUCGCCAAUGGGCUGCGCAAUCCCGUUGCGAUGGUGCACGCCAACGAUGGCACCCACAGGUUCUUCAUCGCAGAGCAGGUUGGUCUGGUGUGGACCUACCUCCCUGAUGGAUCCAGGCUCGAAAAGCCAUUUCUGAACAUCAGCGAAGCUGUGCUUACCUCACCUUGGGAAGGAGAUGAGAGAGGGUUUCUGUGUAUCGUCUUCCAUCCUAAAUUCAAAUUCAAUGGUAAAGUGUACGUCUACUAUUCAGUUGAAGUUCGUUAUGAAGAGAGAAUCCGAAUCAGUGAGUUCAGAAUUUCUCCUACUGACAUGAAUGUAUUGGACCAUGGCUCUGAAAGGAUAAUCCUUGAAAUAGAAGAACCUGCUUCCAACCAUAAUGGAGGAGAGCUGCUCUUUGGAGAUGAUGAGUAUCUCUAUAUCUUUACUGGAGAUGGAGGCAUGGCUGGGGAUCCUUUUGGCACUUUUGGAAAUGCCCAGAACAAAUCAGCCCUGCUGGGCAAAGUGCUGCGGAUCGAUGUGAACAACAACGACCGUGGGCCCCUGUACCGAAUCCCUCCUGACAACCCUUUUGUCAGCGACCCCACGGCUCGCCCCGAGGUCUACGCCUACGGAGUGAGAAACAUGUGGCGCUGCUCUUUCGAUAGAGGGGAUCCCCACACCAAGGAAGGGAAGGGGAGGCUCUUCUGUGGAGAUGUGGGGCAGAAUAAAUACGAAGAAGUCGACAUUGUUGAGAAAGGGAAAAAUUACGGCUGGAGGGCAAGGGAAGGGUUCAACUGUUACGAUAAAAAACUUUGCACCAAUUCUUCCUUGGAUGAUGUGCUUCCAAUUUACGCAUAUCCACACAAAAUGGGAAAAUCGGUUACAGGAGGCUAUGUCUAUCGUGGCUGCGAGUCUCCAAACCUGAAUGGCCUGUACAUAUUUGGUGAUUUUAUGAGUGGACGCCUGAUGUCUUUGAAGGAAGAUCAUGCCACUGGAGAGUGGCAGUACAGUGAAAUCUGCAUGGGGACAGGACAAACAUGCAUGUUCCCUGGGCUUAUCAAUAACUAUUAUCAAUACAUCAUCUCCUUCGCUGAAGAUGAGGCAGGGGAAUUGUACUUCCUGUCUACUGGAGUACCAAGUGCCACAGCUCCCCAUGGAGUGGUGUACAAAGUGGUGGACACCUCCAGGACAGCACCACCAGGAAAAUGCCAAGUUGAGCCAUCGCCAGUGAAAGUCAAAAGCAAGCGCAUCCCGUUUGUACCAAAGGAGAAGUUUAUUAUGAAAACACCAACGCCACAUCCCCGGCUGAAGACCACCACCGAGGCCCCGCGGGGAGGCGGCCCUGACGCCCUCAGGCCCCUCACGCCGGCGCCGCCGGGGAGGGGAAGCAGGCCCAACAUCGACGGCGAGUGGGGCACGGUGUGCGACGACGGCUGGAGCUUGCCUGCCGCCGCCGUGGUGUGUCGCCAGCUCGGCUUCCCCUACGUGGUGCGGGCCACCAAGAAGGCAGAGUUCGGGGAAGGGACCUCCCUCCGCAUUCUUCUGGACGAUGUGCAGUGCUCCGGGCAGGAGAGGACGCUGCUGGAGUGCUCCCAUGGCGGUGUGGGCACGCACAACUGCUCGCACGAGGAGGAUGCCGGUGUGGUGUGCAGCCGGGAGGAGGUGACGGACCGGUGACCGAGGGGUGGGGAAGGCAGCUCGGGGGCUUGGAGCGCAUCCCUUUCUUGGCCAGCCCUCUAAACCAGCUGCAGUAUUGAGGAGGGUGUGCCCUGCCUUGAGGAUGCUGCGUCUGUUCAAAAUAAUCUCAUGUUCAAAGUAA